AUGUUACUCAUACGAGCAAGCCUCGAGCGCGCCAGCGUACGUGCUCUAUGCAUUCUUGCCAUGGGCACCCUUGUGGCGGCCGGGCCCUGCGACUACUACGGCUGGGGUGGCACACCCUGUGUCGCAGCGCAUAGCACAACUCGCGCCCUAUAUGGUUCCUAUAACGGCCUACUCUACCAGGUGAUACGCGAGUCCGACUGGCAAAGCAAAAACAUCGGGACGCUUAAUGCUGGCGGUGCUGCUAAUGCCGCAGCCCAAGAUUCCUUCUGCUCUGGGACAACGUGUCUUAUUACCAUCAUUUACGACCAGUCUGGCAACGGAAAUCACCUUACUCAGGCUCCGCCUGGCGCUUUUUGGGGGCCAGCAUCUAAUGGCUACGACAACCUGGCCAUUGCAGAUAGCGCACCAGUUUUGAUGAACGGUCAGAAGGUAUACGGCGUCCAUAUUCAGCCUGGUAUGGGAUAUCGCAACAACGCCGCCAAAGGCACAGCUACAGGCGACCAGCCACAGGGUAUGUAUGCAAUCUUCGAUGGGACCACUUAUAACGAUCAAUGCUGCUUCGAUUACGGUAACGCCGAGACUAGCGGUACUGAUACUGGCGCCGGCCAUAUGGAAGCCAUCAAUUUCGGCAACUGUACCACCUGGGGCAGUGGCUCCGGCAGCGGCCCUUGGAUUAUGGCUGACCUUGAGAACGGCCUCUUCGGUGGCCCAAACUUUGGUUGGAAUGGCAAUAACCCGACUAUUUCCCACCGGUUCCUUACUGCGGUCGUUAAGGGGCAGUCAAACCAGUUCGCGGUCCGCGGCGGCGACGCAACGUCUGGUUCACUCUCGACCUUCUAUAGUGGCGUGCGCCCAAGUGGGUAUAACCCGAUGCACAAAGAGGGCGCCAUCAUUCUGGGCACUGGCGGCGACAAUAGUCAUGGUUCCCAAGGCACGUUCUACGAGGGCGUGAUGACGUCUGGCUAUCCGUCUGACUCCACUGAGGAUGCAGUGCAGGCCGACAUUGUGGCAGCCAAGUAUUCCACCUAG